AUCACAAAAUUUCAGUAUGGAGACUGCUGUCUUUGGCCCUAAAUUUCUCCCGUGGAGCGUGGAGCGCAAGAUGCUUUGAAACAUGUUCAGUGCCGAUAUUAACCGGUGUUGUAUUUUUGGUGUGUGUGUGCUGUGCGUCGUUUACUUCCUGGAUUUACUGACAGUCUACGUAGCUAGUUUUGUCGUGAUUUUUGUGGCCGUAACGAAUUACUACCUCCACCAGCGCGAGGAGAACUCUCGCCAUCGUCUUCGGAUACUAGGCUUAAUAAAGCAUGACAAACGUGAGCGGAAAAGUAAAACGGAGCAUAAUUCCUCCCGGCGUCUCGUCACCGAGGGCAGUGCGACUCGUAGAUCGACGAGCACCUCGCGGACCUUAGACAGCUCAUACGAUUACGUGCGCAUAGUGCCCGGGAAUAAAUUUGAAACGUCGAGUGAGUCGCGAAGUGAAGUGAAGGACGACGACUGCAGCUUCGCGAGCCUCAUGUCACCCGUCAAAAACGCCUAUUUCGACCGAUCGUGCCAAAGUAGCUUCACGUCGGACCAUGCGAGAAAAUCGCAGUUGGAUUGGGCGCCUCCGACCACCCGCCGGUAUCCCAUUCAGCAGGAGAGGUACUCUGUGGGCAGUUACCCCACGAUCUGCCUCACCAAAUCACCACUGCCCGUCGCAAGGCCUUUCACGUCUCCCGAGGUGAUCGCGCCGGUUAAGGUCAAGAUCCUCCCGCUGGCCUCGUCGCCUAGACUGACCAGCUCAUUCAGCCAGCAGCGGACCACUUGUGGGGACAUCGACAAGCAGGAUCCAUGCUCCACAGAGAGUGUCAUACAGGCUCUCAAGGAGAGAAGGAAACGGGCAGCGGCCGCAGCCUACAGGGACAGCCUGGAGGCAGCGGAGCUGGGGAUGCCUGCCCACAGCAGCAAGCGUUCCCGGAGGGACAGCGUGUGCGCCAUGGGCCCUCCGAUGCCCUCGUUCAUGCCCGUGGCCACCUCCGUGGGAGGUCUGGGGCCCCCCUUCCACGCCCCCUCCUCGCCCAAGAGGGCCGUGGAGGGGGCCUUCAAGAGGGCCCGGCUCCCGUCGACGGCGGGGGCUUCUUUGUCUAAGCGGCAGCGCAACAACGCCAUCUCCAUGUCGUACUGCUCCAGCAAGGCCGUGCUCGAGACAAGCCAGUUACAGAAAAGAAAAGCUGCCGCAGCUGCAAGGGACACACCUCCACGCUCUAAGCUCGCUAGGAACGAGGACAGGUCUUCGGAUGCUGACAGCACAGCCGAGAAGGCGGAGGACAGUGCAGGGGAGGGUGCCCUCUCCAUCCCAGCCGAUCGGUCAACACCUGACACCUCCAAAAGCGAUGGACGAACCUCUGGGCCAAGACGAGACGCCUUGCCUUCUGACCAGAGCGUGCGGAAAAAGAGGCUGGUGUUUCCCGAACAUGUGGCCACACUCGAGGAACAUGAGAGCGACCGCGCCAGGGAUCGGCAGCGCCUGAACAAGAUGCUGGGAAGCGUUCGGGACGUCUAUCAAUCCAGCCAGGGACAAGCUGCCGUGAUUAGCUCCCAAGCGAAUGCGGGAAACAGCAUAGGAGCCACCACCUCCUUCAGCCUUCCAGCAUUCUCCAUUGCCAGCACCACCACCAGUGUCACUACCGGUCAAGAGUCGACGAAGGCGGUGUCGGUCAUAAGCAGUCCCCUGAUGAGCGUGUCGUCCGCACCAAGCACCAAGCAGUUGGGCGUGACUCUUGCUGAAAAGACAUCUCCAGAAGGAGAUGCGGCCGCCGCGGCAACGUCUAGCACGACACAACCACAGCUUCUGAAGGUGCCUUCAACAACAGAAGCCCCCAAGACAAAUCCGCUCCUCGGCUCUCCUCUGAGUAUCAUCACCACCAGUGUGACGGCGGCACUGCUCAAGCUGCCGGCAUCGGUACCCAUCCUUGCCACCGGCACCGCGACAAACCCACUUUUAAGAGGCCUUUCGGCGCCGACAGCGUCGUCACCGUCACACACGCCUGCAAAACUGGAACUGCCAGCACCCAUUACGAGUUUCGCACCGGCCGCCAGUUUCGACAGCAGCUCAAACCCCCUCCUUUCCAAGGCCAGUUCGCAUGGCAGACUCGACGCGACGGCGACUGCGGCAACGUCGAUUGCAACAUUUGGAGUCCCGACGUUCAAGGUGAACGGACCGAGCACUGCGGAGAUUGGCACCAGUUUCAGCUCCUUCCCGAGCUCGUCUCUUGCCCCCGGUGCCACAGGUUCAUCUCCCUUUAAGCUCGGUGCACCUUCCAUGCCCAUGACCACUACCGUAGCGGCGACCACUGCCGCCUCAUCCAUAUCGUUACCCAGCUUUCGACCACCCGUGCAGACCCCCGGUCUGCCGAUGUUGCCGGCUGCAACUGCCACCACGUUGCAACAGAGCGGCGGCAGUGGCUUCGCCUUCGGCGGCAGUCUCGCCACCUCGACCGCUCCGGUGGCUCUUUCGUUCGGUCCCGCCGCAAGCUCGAGCAGCGGUACCGCUCCGUUCAAGUUUGGGGCCCCACCGACCCAGUCCGUGCCCGGUGCGACCCGGCAGCCGCCAGUGCCUACCCUUAGCACCGCAACUGCACCGUCUGCUUCGUCGCCGUUCGCUUUUGGAACUCCACCCACGACUACAAAAGCCGAGCCCAUUGCGGCACUGUUUGCGUUCGGGAAGUCAUCUGCGUCGUCUCCGGCAAAUACUCGGCCGUCCUUCGGCGUGCCCACCGCGGCCUCGUUUGUGCUGGGGUCGAGCCUCACUUCGUUCCAGCCGCCGCCGCCGACACCGCUCUUUCCAAGUGCGUCGAGUGUGAGCCGGCCUUCGGACAGUACCGCCCCAACGGCUUCCCAAAGUGGCAUCCAAUUUGGGGCACCUGUGGCGAGCCAGCCUUCGAGUGGCGCCACCACGACGGCAUCUCAAGUCUGCUUUCAGUUCGGAACGCAAUCAACGAGCGCCAGCCAACCGUCCGGUGGCACCGCCGCAACAGUGUCGCAGGUCGGCUUCCAGUUUGGGACGCGAGCUACGAGUGCCAGCCAACCUUCGAGUGGCACCACCACGACAGCUUCCCAAAGUGGCUUUCACUUCGGGACGCAAGCAACGAGCGCUAGCCAAGCUUCCAGUGGCGCCACCACGACAGCUUCCCAGAGCGGCUUCCAGUUCGGGACGCAAGCAACGAGCGCUAGCCAACCUUCGAGUGGUGCCACCGUGCCAGGUUCCCAAGGCGGCUUCCAGUUCGGGACGCACGCGACACGCGCGAACCAACCUUCGGGUGGCGCCGCCGGCUUAGCGCGGUCCCAAGGCGGUUUCCAGUUCGGGACACACGCGUCGACUCCGAGCCAACCUCUGAGCGGCGCCACCACGGCGACAUCCCAAGGCGGAUUCCAGUUUGGGGCGCAGCAGCCGGGCUUCGGCUUCGCUGCUACAAACGGACUCGCAAACGGAGUCUCCUCGAGCGGCGCCAAAUCACAGUCGACGGGCGUGUUCAAGUUUGGCGGAAGCGUCGCCCCCCCGGUCGGUGCACCGCCGUCGUUCAACUUCGUGGCUUCACAGUGCGGCCCCAGCCUCGCUUCGAACCCGGCCUUCAAUUUCGGUGCCCAGGUAGCAAACAGCAGCCUCUUCUCAAUAGGAACAGCUGCCUCCCACAGUGAGCGGACAUUGGCCCGCCCUCGCAGCAAGAGGAUAACCAAGAAGUGAUUGGCCCCAUCACCACAAGCAUCAACAAUGGCGGAGGGGAGUCCCCCCUUCCCUCAACUCAUCUGUACAAAAGACCAUUUGUUGUCACUCGAUAUAAUUUUCAAAUUAAACUGCCAGGUUGUAAUUAUACUGCAAGCGGAAUGGUGGCACAAAUCUUUUUUUUCUUUUUAGGUAGGACAACAUUGACUGCAGCACUGUUCUUGCCUUUGGGAGAGUUUAUGAUGAAUGCAUUUGUUCUGAACCUGUACAUAGUAGCAUGCAGUUUUUAAACGACUUUCUUUUUCGUCCCGUUCUCGAAAAUAAAGAGGCAAAAAGAUUGUACCAAAUAAUUGUUUUAA